AGAUAAUGUGAGUCUGAACACAGACAAACAAAGAGAAAACAGAGAGAAAGACUGAAUAACAGAGAGAAAACAGAGAGAAAGACUGAACAGCAAAGAGAAAACAGAAAUGAGCGGGAUCGAGAGCGUCAAACCCGCUUCAUCUGCGCCUCCUCUCCAGCUCUACAACUGCACACACGCGGACUGCGGGGCCACGUUCACGCGACAAUGGAGACUCAAUGAGCACGAGACCGUGCACACGGGACAGAGCCUGUACCAGUGCACAGUCGCAGAAUGUGGACGCAGGUACAAGAGGAAAUCUCACCUGAGUCGCCACCUGGUCCAACACAAAGGAAUCAGACAGUUCAGAUGCAAAUUUUCCAACUGCUCCAAAAGUUUCUUCAACGCUGGAAAACUGAAACGGCACAUCCGCUUCACUCAUGGAGACAAGAACAAAUACUUCAAGUGCCCCCAGCCCAAAUGCCCUUUGACCUUCAAGAAGCGACGGCUCUUUAAACUGCAUCUGCAAACUCACAACCUGGAGUCUGGUUUUUGCUGUUCGAAGGACGGCUGCUCUGCCACAUUUGACUCCCACAUCGCACGGCGAGCCCACGAGAAGACGCACGCAGGUUACCGCUGUCCUCGCGCUGACUGUCAGGUCGUUGAACGCACCUGGGGACGGCUCCAGAAGCACAUCGCAUCAAAACACCCAGCCACGUUCCCCUGUAAACUCUGUAAGAAGGAGUUUAAGAAGCAGGACGCGCUCCGCAGACACAAGCGCCUCCACGCCUCCCAUAAACCCGUCCUGGUGUGUCCACGGCCCGACUGCAAACUCUACUUCUCCACCACCUUCAACCUCCAACACCACAUCCGCAAAGUGCACCUCCAGCUCAACAAGUACACGUGCUCCUACCCAGAAUGCACUCGCACCUUCGCCAUGCGGGAAAGCAUGAAUCGCCAUUUACUGCGUCAUGACCCAAGCAGCUCUUCACUCAAGAGGCGCUGUCGCUCUAAGAAGGCGUGGCAGAAGCGUUUGGACGGGCGCCGCCUGCCGCUGGUGGAGGAGGAUCUGCGUCACCUGUUCAGCCUGAAGAUGAGGGUCUCUCGUAGGACCAAAGUGGAGGCCGACCUCUCCGGCCUCUUCAGCGAGCGCAAAAUCCCUCACCACGUCGACCCGGAAGUGAACCUCCGAGACCUGUUCUCCCUCAAACCUGGGGAACGCCCGCCGACCGUCGCUCCGGUCAAGGGAUAAACCAGUAUUUGGACAUUUGCUUUAAGUCAAUUGGGUCUUUUUAUGUUUUUUUAAAUGUAUCUGAUACAUUGAGUGCUGUUUAUUUGGAAAUCGUUUGGCAACUGGCCAAAUUUUGAGUUGGAGAAAAGUGAAAAAGACGAAAUGCUCAGUUUGUAAUCCUGCUCUUGUGAACCCAAUAAAUGAGUUUGUUUAUGC